AUGUUGUUUUCAAAGGCUCGAUGGUCUGUAUUACCGCAAUGCGUCCGGUCAAUCUCCUCCAAGGCUUUGCUUAAUGAAACUGAGGAGUUCAUGGUAACAACGUACGCCCGGCCCCCUCAGGUUUUCGUCAAGGGCGACGGAACUUAUAUGUGGGACGCGGAGGGAAACAAGAUGCUUGACUUUACUGCUGGAAUUGCCGUCACUUGUUUGGGCCAUUCUAACAAGGAGAUUGCAAAGAUCAUGUUCGAGCAGGGCAAUACUUUGGUCCAUUCGUCGAACCUGUAUUUUAAUGAGUACACCCCACAGCUCAGUCAAAAGAUUGUUCAGGCUACCAAGCAAUCUGGGGCCAUGAAGGACGCAUCUCGUUUGUUUGUGUGCAACUCUGGCUCAGAAGCUAAUGAGGCAGCCAUCAAGUUUGCUCGUAAAUACGGCAAGCAGGUUUCUGAAGACAAGAUCGAGGUUCUGGCUUUCAAGGGCGGCUUCCAUGGACGCACUUACGGCUCUUUAUCGGCCACUUGCAACCCCAAAUACCAGGCCCCUUUUGCACCUAUGGUUCCAGGGUUCAAGUACUCUAGUAUCAAUGAUAUGGUUGCUUUGGAUGAAAUCACAGACAAGACUUGUGCGGUUAUUGUCGAGCCUAUCCAGGGCGAGGGCGGAAUCAACCCAUGCAGUGCCGAGUGGCUCAAAAGCGUUCGUCAGAAAUGCGACAGCGUUGGUGCUUUGCUCAUCUACGACGAGAUCCAAUGCGGUCUCGGUCGUACCGGUGACCUUUGGGCUCAUAAAGCCGCUGGCCCGGAUGCACACCCCGAUAUUCUUACUAUGGCAAAAGCUUUGGGCAACGGCUAUCCCAUUGGUGCUACCAUGGUUUCCGAAAAGGUCAACAACGUUCUCAAAGUCGGUGAUCACGGCACAACCUAUGGUGGUAACCCUCUAGGUUGUCGUAUUGGUCUUUAUGUUCUCAGCCAACUCACAUCCCCAGAACUCAUGGCCAACGUCACAAAAAUCUCAGACCUUAUAGUUGACCGGGCAAACUCUUGGAUCUCAAAAUACCCUAAUCUUGUUACUGAGGUUCGGGGCCGCGGUCUCCUGCUUGGUGUCCAGCUAUCCACCGCCCCUGAUGCAGUUCUCGCUCAUGCCCGCGACAGCGGUCUUCUGGUUAUUACUGCAGGCACAAAUACUUUGCGUCUGGUUCCUGCCUUGAACAUUACUGAAGAGGACGCAGUCAAAGGUUUAGACAUCCUUGAAGCGGCUCUCGAGAAAAAUCAAUAA